GACUGUACAUUUGAGUGGGUGUAUGUUUGUGUGUGCGUAUGUACGUGGUGGGGGCCGUUAGGUCUGCACCUGCACUAGCACCGCAUGCCGGCCGGCCUCAGUGUUGUCCGGUGUGCUGUCCGCCCUCCACCUCCUCCACAACCCGCUCCACCACGUCCACCGCCUCCACCACGGCUCCGCCGCCGGCGCACUCACGUGCUCCCCCUCCCCUCCCGGUACACUACAGACGGAUCAUCCGGUGCAGGGCGGUCGUCUGCGUGGCCUACAGCGUCGAAGUCGAGGCAGGGGGCGGAAGAGCAAACACUGACGAAGUGUCGGAUCUGCCGAAGGGGAGGCAGGAACGAAGGGACACGACGCGCCCCGGAAAUAACACGGAGACAGAAAGCCUCUGGUUGCAAUGUUGGGCCGAGUAAUGCUAGUUCUUUUAAUUAUGUUCAUCAUCAGCUGUGGGAAACAGAUGUGAUAUUCUGGACAUUAUAUCUCAGUCAAUUAUAAUAUCAUCAACUACGGGGAGUUAUCGUGAUAUUUUAGGACAUUAUAUCUCAGUCCAAGAUUUGAUUCCUUUUUAUAUCUGGAAAUGAAUAUCACGCAGACUCGAGCAUGGUCUGAGUUACGUGAUGGAAAUGCUCUUUUUUUUCUUUACCUAAGACGUAAGCUCCUUUAUUAGAAGUUUCUAUGUACGUCUUGGGUUUUUCCUUUUGUGUUGUGGUACGAAAACCGUCCGCUACGUUUCUGUGGGAAAUCUACAAAUGUAAAAUGAUUUUGUUAGAAGCUGCA